GUCUAUGUUAUGUGCUUCAACGUGCCUGGGGGGAAACACUUUCCAUUUUAAUUCUAGGUUCCCAGUUGUGUCUUUACUUGCUUUGUAGAAUUCUUCCAGCUAACGCGUUCAAAUACUUUGUCCAGAUAAUAAGAAUGACUCUGCUGCAUUUCACUCUAAUCUUCACAUCAUUGGUAAGUAUUGUGAAAACACAGGAAAGCUGUCAAAGUGCUUCAUGCCAUCCAACAAUUGGAGAUCUCCUUGUGGGAAGAAGUCAACAGCUCUUGGCAUCUUCAACGUGUGGUCUUGAUGAACCUCAAAGAUACUGCAUUGUUAGCUACCUUGAGGACGGUCAAAAAUGUUUCACCUGCGAUUCUAGAUACCCCUAUAAUCCUUAUACACAUCCUAAUAGUCAUCUGAUUGAAAACAUUAUCACAACAUUUGACCCAAACUGGAAAAAUAAGUGGUGGCAAUCAGAAAAUGGUAAUGACUAUGUUAGUAUUAGACUGGACCUGGAAACAUUAUUUCAGUUCAGCCAUCUCAUCAUAACCUUUAAGACAUUCCGACCAGCAGCAAUGUUGGUUGAACGAUCAAGAGAUUUUGGAAAAACAUGGAAAGUUUUCAGAUAUUUUGCUCAAAAUUGUGCUUCAGCAUUCCCUGAUGUUAAACAGGGUUAUGCAACUAAUGUGGGGGAUGUGGUUUGUGAUUCAAGAUAUUCUGAUUUAGAGCCAUCGACAGAAGGAGAGGUGAUUUUAAAGGCACUUGAUCCAAAUUUUGACAUUGAAGACCCCUAUGAUCCAUUCAUCCAAGAUCUUAUUACUAUAACUAACUUAAGAAUAAACUUCACAAAACUUCAUACCCUUGGAGAUACUACGCAUUAUGGAGGAAUAAGUGGACCAGAAGCAAAAUAUUAUUAUGCGAUUUAUGAAAUGAUUGUAAAAGGAAGCUGCUUUUGUAAUGGUCAUGCCAGCGAGUGCAUCCCUGUGGAAAAUUCAAAUAGUGAUUUAUUUAGCCAACCUGGAAUGGUGCAUGGGAAAUGUGUCUGUCAACAUAACACAGAUGGUGUGAACUGUGAAACAUGUAAAGAAUUUUAUAAUGAUGCUCCAUGGAGACCAGCUAUUGGCGUCAAUGACAAUGCCUGCAUGAAGUGUAAUUGCAAUGGCCAUUCUAAUAAAUGCCAUUUUGAUAUGAAUGCGUAUCUCUCCAAUAAUGGUACUAGUGGAGGUGUAUGUGAAGACUGCCAGCAUAAUACUCACGGGAAUCAGUGUGAGCAGUGUAAACCAUACUUUUAUCACGAUCCUUUGAAGCAUAUUUGUGAUAUUAACACUUGCAUACCCUGUGAUUGUGACCCAGAAGGCACUAUAGAAAAUGGGUUAUGUGAGAGUCAAACAGAUGAGAGCCGUGGGACAAUGGCUGGCAAAUGCAUUUGUAAGCAAAAUGUGGAAGGAUUCCGUUGUGAUCAGUGCAAGCAUGGAUACUUUGGACUGAAUCCAUCUGACCCGUUGGGUUGUCGAUACUGCAACUGUAACCCAUUUGGAAGUCUACCAUCCUCUAUCUGUGACCCUAUUAGUGGACAAUGCCAAUGUCAAAAAUAUGCCGUUGGUCGAUACUGCGAAGAAUGUCUUCCUGGUUAUUGGGGGCUUGGCAAUAGCCUUUAUCAUUGUUCACCAUGUAACUGCGACAUUGGAGGAGCACAUAACAAUUUAUGUUCUCAGAGCAAUGGUCAGUGCAACUGUCUUCCUAACAUUAUUGGUCGUCAGUGUAACGAGCCUGCACAAGGAUACUACUUUAUAUCUCUGGAUUACUAUAUUUAUGAAGCUGAAAAUGCCCAAGCACUUGCUAAGCCAGCAUCAAUUAUUGAUCCAUCUCCUAUGCCAAAGUGUAAAGAUUAUUUCCUCCAGCAAGGAAUUGAUUUCAGAUUUGAAAACGGCAGAAUAAUACUUAAAAAAAUGUCAAAGCGGAGUUUCAGAAGACGACGACAAGUACAGGAAAUCUUGCCUUAUGGCAAACAAAAUGCUGUGGAAUUGGUCUUACGACAACCAACUUCUAGAACCUCUGUAACAUGGACAGGCCCUGGAUUUGCACGUGUCCAAAAUGGGGCUGGCCUAAGAUUUACUGUAAACAAUAUCCCAUACUCAAUGGACUUUGUCAUUGCUAUUCGCUUUGAACCUGAGUCACUGGAAAACUGGACUGCAAGGAUUGUGAUAAACCAACCUCAAGGUCCAGUGAGUGAACGCUGUAGAAGUGGGAUUUCUCUGAAUACUACCUAUUCAUUACAUCUGGCCGCAACAACAAGGCUAUCCUUGCUGAAUACUUCAGUAUGUUUGGACCCAGAUACAGAAUAUGUAAUAGAUGUGUAUUUUAACCAACUGUCAAAUGUUGCAUUAAAUGACAAAGUUUACAUAUUAAUAGAUUCGCUUGGUCUGAUUCCAAAACUUGAUUCAGUUAACAAUUUAUGCAGCAAAGAGGAAGUAGAAGAAUAUGACUAUUAUAACUGCAUUGAAAUUGCUUCUGAAGUUGGGACAGAAAUUCUUCCUCAUGUGUGUGAGAGGCUCAUUGGAAGUUUGUCUGCUCGCAUGCAUCAUGGAGCAGUUAAAUGCACAUGUAAUAAAGCUGGCUCACUAACUACCAGUUGCAGUAAAUUUGGUGGUCGCUGUUCCUGCAAACCUAAUGUUGUAGGUAGUUGCUGUGAUAGGUGUGCUGUAGGCAGCUAUGGAUUUGGUCCCAAUGGAUGCAAAGAGUGUGGCUGCCAUAGUAACGGUUCGAUAAGCCCACUGUGUGAUCAAGUGACCGGUCAAUGCGCUUGCCGCAGUGAGAUACAGGGCCGGCAGUGUGACAGUUGCCUACCUGGCUACUAUGGAUUUCCUAACUGUAGGCCUUGUCAGUGCAAUGGCAACUCAGAACUUUGUGAUCCAGUCACUGGAGCUUGCCGGAACUGUAAAAACUUUACAAAUGGGACCAACUGUGAACGGUGUAUUGAUAAUUAUUUUGGAAACCCAGUUUUGGGACUUCCUUGCCGUCCGUGCAUGUGUCCAGGCUCCCCCACAAGUAACCAAUUCUACGCACAUUCCUGUAACCAAGAUCCUAAUGGCCUGGUAGUGGUUUGCAACUGUCUUCAUGGUUACACAGGAAGGAAUUGUAAUAAGUGUCCUCCUGGAUUUUAUGGAAAUCUAGACAGUGGAGAGGUCUGUUUACCAUGCCAAUGCAAUAAUAAUACUGAUGUAACGGAUCCUAAAUCCUGUGACAAGAUCACUGGAAAAUGCUUAAAAUGCUUGCACAAUACCUAUGGUGCAAAUUGUGAAUCCUGCUUGCCAGGCUAUUUCGGGUCAGCCCUUCGCCAGAGCUGCACAAAGUGUGGCUGCAAUAGUAAAGGUUCUACAAGCCCACUGUGUGAUCAAGUGACCGGUCAAUGCGCUUGCCGCAGUGAGAUACAGGGCCGGCGCUGUGACAGUUGCCUACCUGGAUACUAUGGAUUUCCUAACUGUAGGCCUUGUCAGUGCAACGGCAACUCAGAACUUUGUGAUCCAGUCACUGGAGCUUGCCUGAAGUGUAAAAAAUUUACAAAUGGGACAAACUGUGAACGGUGUAUUGAUAAUUAUUUUGGAAAUCCAAUUUUGGGACUUCCUUGCCGUCCGUGCAUGUGUCCAGGCUCCCCCACAAGUAACCAAUUCAAUGCACAUUCCUGUAACCAAGAUCCUAAUAGCCUGGUAGUGGUUUGCAACUGUCUUCAUGGUUACACAGGAAAGAAUUGUAAUGACUGUCCUAGUGGAUUUUAUGGAAAUCUAGACAGUGAAGACGUCUGUUUACCAUGCCAAUGCAGUAAUAAUAUUGAUGUAACAGAUCCCGAAUCCUGUGACAAGAUCACUGGAGAAUGCUUGAAGUGUUUGCACAAUACCUAUGGUGCAAAUUGUGAAUCUUGCUUGCCAGGUUAUUUUGGGUCAGCUCUUCGUCAGAAUUGCACAAGUUGUGACUGUAACCCAUUGGGAACUAAUGCAGCGAACUGUUUAAUGUAUGAAGAAGUUGGAGAAUGUGUAUGUGACAAAACUACCGGGCAGUGUCCUUGCCUACCUAAUGUGAUCGGUAUUAACUGUGACACGUGCGCAUCUGGAUACUGGGGUAUGGCGAACGGGAAAGAAUGUCAGCCAUGUGACUGCAAUGCAAAUGGUUCUUCCGGAAAACAAUGUAACCAGUUAACAGGGCAAUGUACUUGCAAGCCAAAAUAUAAAGGACAGAAGUGUGAUCAAUGUAUAGAUAAUUACUAUGGGAAUCCAAAGGUUCAAUGCACAUCCUGUAAAUGCAAUUUGGAAGGCACGCAAGAGCCUUACUGUGAUAAAGACACCGGAGCAUGCAACUGCAAGGUUGGAGUUACUGGAAGAUAUUGUGACCAAUGUGCCCCUAAAUUUAAGCAAGAAUUUCCAAAGUGUCCCCGUUGUCACAUGUGCUUUGACCCAUUGGACUCUGAAGUGACAACGCUGUCCCAUGCUGUCCAUGGCUUGGUCCGGCUCGCGGCUAAUAUUGGGCCCGACAGAAAUGCACCUGUCUGUGAAGUGCAGAUUGACAUACUUAAAGAAAAACUCACUAAGAUAGAGAAGAUAUUCCGCAGUCCUAUUUUUUCACCCCAGAAAUAUAAGCAGGUGAAGAGCUAUUAUGACCUCAUAAGGCAAAAAUUCAGCAAGUUAAAGGUCAAAGAUUAUGGAGAUUACAAUGAGAUUCCUAAAAUGAACAGAACAAUAGGGAAUAUGGAGAAGGAGAUUGAUGAGCUAUUUAAAGAGCUUGAUAAAGUAAAAAGGAAGAAGGAGAAAGAAAAUGUGAUCAGGGCUAAAGCUUUCGAAGAGUCUUUUGACAAAAUCACCAAACACUAUAAAAUAUCUUUAUCUGCUGGAGAACAGAUACGGGAUGUUACUCCAAUUAUCAAAACAGCAACUAAAACAAGGAAACAAAUUGUUGCAGCAUUAAGUAACCUAGAUGCAAGAGACAAACAAAAUUCAGACAAGAUAAAUAAAAUGACAUCUCUUGAUAUCAGAAAAAUGAAUCAAAUGGUUUGUGGAACUGUCUGGGACUUUCCUUGUAAUGUUGCACCUUGUGGAGGAGCGUUAUGCAAAGACAGGUUUGGAAAUAGAAAAUGUGGUGGACCAAACUGUAAUGGAGCUCUUCCUCUAGCCAAUGGUGCACUGAAGAAAGCAAAUGAAACAGGUCUUAAAUUAAGUACAUUAUCAUUUCGUCUCUUUGAUGCUGAGAAACGGAUCGAGAGCAUUAGACAACUGGCAGAAGAUACAAAGUUGAAGGCUUCCAAACUGAACAAAACUUUGAGCAAGGCCAUGGUAAAGUUGGAAGCAGAUCGGAGCCGUUCAAAAGAACUCAUUAAGAGUGUUAAGGAUUUCCUAUUAGAUAGCACAGUACUGUACUAUUGCCCAAAAAGGGGCACCCCCAACACACCACAGGAAGUCGAAGCUUUUGUAUCCCCUGAAGAAAUAGAGAAGGUAGCGAAUCAAAUUCUUGCCAUUAAGCUGCCUGCAGCCCCAUAUGAUUUAAUUGACACACUAAAUAAGAUCAAGGCAUAUUGUGAUGAUUACAAGAGGAACAAGAACAACUUAAAAAAGCAACUAGAAGAAGUUAACAAACUAACUCAAAGGGCAAAAGAAGCCAAAAAGGUGGUUGAAAAUCUACCAAAUGGAGAUGAAAUACGAAUUAAUUUGAAGAAUGCUGAAAACUUACAGCAGAAAGUUACUUCUAUCCUCAACAGUAUAACUAAGGAAAUCCAGGAUAUCAGGAACAAGAUUUCACGAGCUAAAGCCAGGGCAGAUACAACGGAUGAUAAACUGAAAGCCAUUAAAGACUUUCAUUCUAAAUUAGAGACUAAAAUUGCAGAGCUGCAGGAAAAAAUGCUGAGGAACAAAAACGAGGCUGCAAAAGCGCAGAAAAGAGCAAACACUGCACUGAAACAAGCUACAGAAAGUGAAAAUAGUCUUAAUGAUCUGAAGGAGAAAUAUGAACUUCUUCAAGAAAAACUAAAGAAGAGAGACAUUCCUCCAGAAUUAUUAGAAAGAAUAGAAAGGCUUAAAAAAGAAGCUGAAGAUGUUGUCACGGAAAUAGGAAAGAAAUCUAAUCGUAUAUCAGAACUGGAAGAGAAGAUUGACGACAUCAACAAAGAAACCCAAGAUAAAGUCAAUCAACUAAAAGACCUCGAAGAGCAAGUCAUAGCACUUAAGAAUAGUAUUUUAAAAGAAGAAAAUAUAUAUUCUAUAUGUAAAUCUUAGUGAUACACUAAGUAGAAAAUGAAAAAAGUUCAAAGACACGUAAUGCUCAAAAGACUAAUUGUAUUGUAAUUAUCCAAGUAAACUGUGCACCAGACAACUUGUGA